ACCCAGGAAGUCCGCAUGCUAUCGUCUGAACUAACGAACGAAGCGGUCGUCAUUUCCGGGAGAAAGCUGGCGCGCCAGAUUAGACAAGAAGCCCGCCACGAAGUGGAGCAGUGGGUUGCGGCCGGUAACAAAAGACCCCACCUCAGCGUGGUCCUGGUCGGGGAAGACCCUGCAAGUCACUCCUAUGUGCUGAACAAAACCCGAGCGGCCGCUGAUGUGGGAAUCAGCAGCGAAACCGUCCUGAAGCCGGCCUCCAUCACAGAAGAGGAGUUGCUCGAUUUGAUUGCCAAACUCAAUCACGACGCCAACGUCGAUGGCUUGCUGGUGCAGCUCCCUUUGCCUGGACAUAUAGACGAGCGGAAGAUCUGCAAUGCGGUGAACCCAGAAAAGGACGUGGACGGCUUCCACGUGGUGAAUGUGGGCCGGAUGUGCCUGGACCAGUACUCCAUGCUCCCAGCAACUCCCUGGGGUGUGUGGGAGAUCAUCAAGAGGACAGGAAUCCCAACUCUGGGCAAGAACGUUGUCGUGGCUGGCCGCUCGAAAAACGUGGGGAUGCCCAUCGCCAUGCUCCUUCAUACAGAUGGCCGCCACGAACGUCCCGGAGGGGAUGCCACGGUCACCAUCUCUCACCGCUACACUCCAAAGGAGCAGCUAAAGAAGCACACGAUCCUGGCCGACAUCGUGGUUGCAGCGGCUGGUAUCCCUAAUCUCAUUACUGCUGAUAUGAUCAAAGAGGGAGCUGCCGUGAUUGAUGUUGGCAUCAACAGAGUCCAGGACCCUGUUACAGCCAAGCCCAAACUUGUUGGAGACGUGGAUUUUGAAGGAGUAAAGCAGAAAGCCAGCUACAUCACGCCAGUCCCCGGUGGGGUUGGCCCUAUGACUGUAGCCAUGCUCAUGAAGAACACCAUCAUCGCUGCCAAGAAGAUGCUGAGGCCCCAGGAGCUGCGGGCCUUUGGCGCUUGAGACGCAGCUCCGCGUGGCUGACGGCAACAUUCCAGAUGCGCCUCCUCCACCCCGCCAUCGCAAAAGGCAGGCUGGCGGCAAGGCAGCUUUUAUUUAUGGGACGGAAGCAAAUGGGAAAGAUGUUCCAGAAUAUUUAUUUGUCCCAAUGCAGUGUGUGACAUAUGAUUCCUUUUGUGUCAGCACCUGCCUUUCCAGCGCGGGGUGGGGUGGGGAAUGAGCUAAGACACUUUGUUAUCUCUUAAAUCCAUCAGGACAGUGUCACAGAGGGCCACAAAUGCUCCCCUGCAUUCACAAAACGUCUGAGCCAAUAUUUGGUGCAGCAUCCACUGAUCGGCCGCCACAGGGCUGAGAAGACACUCUGUUCCUCUGCUAGGAUGACUUACACCCCAGCUCUGCUGGAGCUUAGCUGUUACUCUUCUUAUUUUCUACAAAGCCUUAUUUAUAUGACAUUUGAGUAGCUCCUAACAAAGUAGUACCUGCAUCUUGUUUGCAUAAUCAAAUCCUGCACAUUUUUAAAGGAUUCUGUGCGCUUACAAGUGAAGCAAUAUUUAGACAUCGCCUGACAAAUCUGGAGGAGGCUGUUCAUUCCUUUGCAGGCACGCUUCCUAUUUUACAGAGGCUGUACAGAGUGAGUCUUGCAGGUUGUGCCUGAAUUUAAAAAAUUACAGAAUUUAUGUAUAACUGG